AUGCCACCAAAGUUUAACUCGUUCAAGUGGGAUACCAUUCCAGAAGACCUCUACACCCGGCUGGGAAAGUCCGGCCUCCAGAUUUCUAGAAUCGUCCUAGGAUGUAUGUCCUAUGGCCGCAAGUCGUGGUUUGACUUUGUGCUAGAAGACGAGGACGAAGUGUUCACGAUCAUGAAGAAAGCUUAUGACAGCGGAAUUCGUACUUUUGACACCUCGUGCAAUUACUCCAACGGAUUCUCUGAAAUCCUCGUUGGAAAGUUCCUCAAGAAACACAACAUCGACAGACGCACGGUCGUUAUCUUGAGCAAGUGUUUUUUCCCUCCUAACGAGUCGGAUCCAGACACAAACAUCAUCGUCCCCGGAACGGCCGAAGGAUCGGAGUACAUCAACCGAUACGGGCUUUCGAGAACCAACAUCCUGGACUCUGUGGAUAAAAGUAUCGAAAGACUUGGCACUCACAUCGACGUGCUACAGGUCCAUCGGUUCGACACAAACACACCGAUCGAGGAGACGAUGGAGGCGCUGCACGAUGUUGUCAAGUCCGGCAAAGUUAAGUACAUCGGAGCUUCUACCAUGAGAGCGUACCAGUUUGUUGAAAUGCAACACGUUGCCGAGCUGCACGGUUGGACCAAGUUUAUCUCUAUGCAGAGCUAUUACUCUCUGUUCUACAGAGAGGAGGAAGACGAGCUGAUUGCGUACUGCAAGAAAACUGGAGUUGGACUUAUUCCGUACUCACCGCUCGCCGGAGGAGUGCUAGCCAGGCCAUUCGAUAAGAUGUUCAACACUACACCUCGUUCCAGUAUAGGUCUUUCAGUUGCCAUGUUCGGAUUGAACGAGAUUACCGACAAGGACAAAUUACUGCUUUCCAGAAUUGAGGAAUUGGCAAACAAACACAGGGUGAAAAUGGCCACUGUGGCCAUCGCCUGGUGCUUGGCCAAGGACCACAAUCCUAUUCUGGGUCUCAACAAGGUGGAGAGAAUCGACGAUGCAAUAGCCGCUAUCAAGCUGAAACUCACCGAUGAGGAAGUUGCGUAUCUUGACGAACCAGAUGUUUCCCGAAAGCUGCCUAACUUAUACCACUAG